GAGGGCGGGGGAGUGGGGAGGCGGCUGGCUUUAAAUGGGGGCUGUCCGGCGGCUUGGGAACAUUCUGCCGCGAGGGGAGCGAAGACCUCCCCUCUCCGCGCCAAGGAUCGGCUGGGGCCGCCGCCAGGCAAGUUCGCCCUGAGAGCGGGUGCCGCGGGCCGAGAUGCUCCUCCGGGACCGGGUGCUGCGCCGUGGCUGCCGCUGGUCUUCGCUGCUGCUGCACUGCGCGCUCCACCCGCUCUGGGGUUUCGUGCAGGUGACGCACGGGGAGCCCCAGAAGUCCUGCUCCAAGGUGACCGACAGCUGUCAACACAUCUGCCAGUGCCGACCCCCUCCCCCGCUGCCCCCACCACCCCCGCCCCCGCCCCCUCCCAGACUCCUCUCUGCUCCAGCUCCCAACUCUACCUCGUGCCCCGCUGAGGAGAGCUGGUGGUCGGGGCUGGUGAUCAUCAUCGCGGUAUGCUGUGCCUCCCUGGUCUUUCUCACCGUGCUUGCCAUCAUUUGCUACAAAGCCAUCAAAAGGAAACCACUGAGGAAAGAGGAGAACGGCACCAGCGUGGCUGAGUAUCCCAUGACCUCCUCGCAGAGCAAAGGGGUGGAUGUGAACAGCGCCGUGGUGUGAGUCUGCAGGCCCUGGACCCGCUGCCAGAGGGGCACCUUGGUGGCACUAGUGGACACGGGGAGGCAGGUGGACACGAGCUGCCUCAGGGCUUGUCCAGGACUUCAUUGCCUUGCAGGCCUUGAGCCUCCCGAAGGAGAAACCAUCCUCUUCCCAGCCUUGCCCCUGGUUAGGCCACAGGCAAGGGCAGUGCAGACGCCAGGCUGAGCCAGGCUCACCUGCAUGCUGCACCCGGAGCAGCGCCCCUGCCCGAGGCUCUCCAUGUCUCUUCCUUGUCUUGCGUUCCAUCUGCUGUCACCCAGCUGCUGUGUAAAGCACUUGCUCUGACAAAGGCAGGGAGUCUGUCUGUCUGCUGGGGCUGGGAGGCAUCCCCCUUCAGCCAAAGCAAAGGCGAUCCAGGGGCCACUCCUCUGCCAGAAAACCUCUUCUCCUGCCCAGGAAGCCUGCCUGCUUCUCCGUUGACCUUGCCAUUCCCAACAGAAGCCAUCGGCACAGCCCUGAGAUGUCCCCUUUCAAAGGUGCUUCCCACACAUCUGUCCAUUGCCCCAUCUGCGACUGUCUUCAGUCUUCAGGGCCCGCCUUCUCCCUCCUGUCCCCAUCAAAACUCUGGGCCCCUGACUCCUGACUCCCUGCUGCAGAGGGCUGUGAGCCCGGCCUGCAGAGUUUCCUCCUGACUGAGCAGACAGAGGGGCUCGUUUACACUCUGGGGUAGUGUCUGGCCUUCCAGGGGCAAAACAACUCACGGAACCCUAGGCCAAGAGCCCGGGAAGGACAGAGGCCACUACGCCUCUUCUUAGACUCAUUCCCACACCUGACCCUCGUAGGAACCAAUGCAGCCAUGUGAGCCAGGCCCUGCCUCCUCCGACAGAGGCCACCACUUAUGCCAAACCCACUGUGGGCACUCUGGGCUGGGCCGAGCUGGCCUGGUGCAAGGUCUCCCUGAUACUCCCCUGAGACCCUGAGCGGGUACUCAGACCUUCUCCUGAGAGCCCCCAGGCAUCCCCUCGUCAGAAAGAGGUGGUAUUCUUCCAGUGGCUCUCUUUAAAUGUCCCUGUGCGAGGUCUUAUGUUCUAACAUGCUGACCCCUCGAGAGUGGUUAGUGGAUGAAGGGAAGGGAGGGGGUGGAAGGAGGGGACCCUCCAGGCCCGGUAACCCCAGUGUGCCAGCCUGUUUCCCAUGUGGGCAUGUCACUAGGACCAUGGAGACUGUGGCCUUGUGGUUUUGCAUCCCCUGGUGGAUUGGAAGAACACUUCUGACAUUGUGGUUCCCUCACCACCCACACACUUAUUCAGAAGGAACCGGACACGUUUAAUGGUUCCACUUUCUGGCUAUGUAGGAACUUAGCUAGGUAGACCCCGUCUGCCUGCCAAACCACCAGUGUAGCUCUCUGGAGGGUGUAGGUUUCUGGAGGGUGUUGGGGCCACAGGUGAGACUUUCACAUCCAGGUGAGACUGACAGACUGAAAACUCGUCCCCAUUUGAGCUGAACUGAGACAUCCAUUGUCACAGAGUCCUUACACCCACUGAGUUGUCUGUGUCCGGCUGUCUUUCGGAGAGCAGAGGGGAGAAGGUGAGUUUGCUGUGACUGUAACCCAGGUCCUGCCCCCAGGUCACUGGGUACAGGCUGAGGACAGGACCAGUGCAUACCCUCCCAGAAAGAGUUUUCUUUUCCAUUUUCCUUCCAUGAGGACUUGGUUUUGGUUUGGAUUUGGAUUUUGCUUUCCCUGUGCACCUUAGCAUGGCACAGUGCCACCAGUGACCUUCAGCAUUGCCCCCAACCUGGUGAGCACUUUACGAGACUCUUGGUUGACGCCCUCCACUUCCCCAAAGGAUGCAGAGCUGGGUGACAAACAGGCUAGAGGGUGAGGGUCCGCAGCAGGGCAGACCCCACCCCAGUGCACUUUCCCCCUCUGCCUGCAGUCUCUUGCUGAUUCCCCUGCCUCUUUCCUGCACAGACACCUGGGCAGGUCCCUGGUCCUAAGCACAUGCCACCCUGGGCUCAGAAGUGAUGGGAGGGCACCUUUGGCCAGAGGGGGGAUCCUGGCUAAGUGUCAUGGAGUGCUGAGCAGCCAGCCUGGAGGGACAUGGAAGAAGAAAGGGCAUAACCCAGCUUUGCACAAAGUCACCCGUCCUACCUUCUCUGACCUUGGCUUAAACCUAGGAGGCUUGGAUUUUGCAAUUAGCCUAAUCCUCCAGCCCCAGGCAAGGCUCCCCUGGAGGAACACCAGUGAACCAUCCAUCACACUCGGGCCAGUAUCCCCUUCCCUGGGGACACAACCAGGACUCGGUGAAAAACUAAUGCUUGUGCAUAAAUUCCCCCAAAUUGGGUUUGUAAAAUCUCUUCUCACCCAGUUAAUGAAAACCAAGAGAAGAGCCCAGUUUUUGACAAAGAAUUCGCUUGAGAACACCCCCCCGAACUCAGAACCCGCCAUUCAGAAGACAGUUCUCACAGGUCCAGCGAGGUAGCCCCACCAGAUUUUUAGCUUAAGCAACAGAAACGUCCCUAAAACCACCCUGGCCUUGUAUUUGAGCUUAGAACUUUUAUUUAAGGAAUCUAUCUGGAGCCCCUGAACACAGACCAAUCCUCAGAGUAGUCCGGACUUGAGGUCGAGAACGAAAUGCACAUUCCUGCUCUGCAUUUUCUCAAAUAGAUAUUUUUCAACCGUCUCCUAGUUGAGCCCAACUUUAGAAUGGCAUAUAGGAUCUCCCAGAGUUUUCAGAUGUUCCUCAGAAGCUUCUAAAGCAAGUUUUGGAAGAAAGACUAAUAGCUGUAAAAAUAUAGACAUAUAUAUUAUAUAUAGUUAUAUAUAUAUUUAAAGAGAUAUCUAUAUAUAUAUAUACAAAAUUACUGUACUCUCUGAAUCUGUACAAAGUAUGAUUUAAACAGCACAGGUAGUGUGAGAUGUGUAAUGCAUGAAUGUAAAUAUCCUGAGAUCUGCCUUCCUAACGAUGUGCUGAGUGUACACGGGAAGAUGACUCUUGUUCCUAGGAGUUCUGUCUCAAUGGACAAACGUACAAUCGGUGCCGACUUGUCCACCCACAAGCCAUUGAUGUCAAUUUUGUGCUGAGACUUUGCACAGGAAGCAGGACCGCAGCGUUGGGGGUGGGCUGUGUGCUACAUACGAGGAAGAAAGCUCCACACCUUUUUUAUUUUCAAUAAAAACAUACUUAUAAA